CCAUAUGCCUUCCCUCCACAUCCACUAACCGACAUGGAACAACCCCGGCAAACCUCGACGGCGUCUCAGCCACCGGAAACACCCUCUCAACCGUCGGAGCCAGCUCCAAAACCGGCGGUUUUAUCCCAGAUUCAGCAACCUCCUUCCACCAAUCCGAAUCCCUCCUCCGCGCCCUCUAUUCCCUCUUCUCCAUCCCCGCCGUCGCCGUCGCUCAAUCCAAACCCUAAUCCACCUCAAUACACACGUCCGGUGACAUCUCCGGCGACGCAACACCUCCCCCAGUCUCUGGGUCGUCCUCCUCCGCCGUCGUACUCGAGACCGUGGCAACCGCAUUCCUCAUACGCUCACUUCUCCUCCUCCGCGUCGUCGUCUCCGUUGCUAUCUUCCUCGUCGGCUCCGGCCUCUUCGUCUUCUUCCUCUUCCUUGCCUGUUGCUGGACAGCAAAGAGGCGGUAUGGCGAUCGGCGUUCCAGCUUCUCCGAUCCCGAGCCCCUCUCCGACUCCGGCGUCUGCUUUUCCGGGAUCUUUUGGGCAGCAGUACGGCGGAUUGGGUCGUGGAACUGUCGGAAUGUCGGAAGCGAGUUCCAAUUCAAGUGUCACGCAGGGUAGGAUGAUGCAAGGAACGCAGGGGAUGGGAAUGAUGGGGACUAUUGGCUCAGGUUCUCAAAUGCGGCCAAGUGGGAUGCCUCAGCACCAGCAGAGGCCGGCUCAAUCCUCUCUAAGGCCAGCUUCCUCUCCGAGUAGUCCAUCUCCUGUUCCCCAAAACUUUCAAGGGCAUAGCCUAAUGAGACCUUCAUCUAUUGGUUCUCCUGGUGUCCAAUCCACCGGUGCAGCAAAUCAACCGUGGUUAUCAUCUUCUGCCCAAGGGAAGCCUCCUUUGGCACCCCCUUCGUAUAGACCGCAAGUAAAUAAUCCCUCCAUGCCACAAAGAUCCCAUGUUCCUCAGCAACAUCUUUCCACGUCACCAGCGGCUUCACAGCCUCAGCAACAACAACAACAUCAGCUUCAGCCUCAAGAGCAACAUCAACAGUUGAGAUCUCCGCAUCAGCCUUUACCUUACUCACAUCAACCGCCCCGGGUCCAAGGGUCGGUGAAUCAGAAGGCUGCUUCUCUGGCAAUGCCGACCCAGCCCCCUGUGCCUCAACCAGGAAACCAAGCUAAAACAGUUUCAACAGAGAAUGAGGAGUCUGAUGAUCGUAUUCUGGGAAAAAGAAGCAUCCAUGAGCUACUUCAGCAGAUUGAUCCGUCAGAGAAACUGGAUCCAGAGGUUGAAGGCAUCCUUGCUGAUAUUGCUGAAGACUUUGUGGAGUCAAUCACAACUUUUGGCUGUUCUUUAGCCAAGCAUAGAAAGUCAGAUACUCUAGAGGCCAAAGACAUCUUGCUCCAUGUUGAAAGAAACUGGAAUAUCAGGCCUCCUGGUUUUAGCAGUGACGAGAUCAAGACAUUUAGAAAGCCAGUGACAACAGAUAUUCACAAAGAUAGACUUGCCGCUGUAAAGAAGUCUAUGACGGUAACGGAAGCAGCAAACGCCAGGUUCGGGCACGGGACGGCUAAUGCAAGAGGAGGCCAGGCAAAGACGCCUGCUAAUCCAUUGGCCUCUACAACUUUCAAUCACUAAUCUAUUAGAAUAACCCUUCAAUCUUGUUUGCUAUGAAAUUUUCAAUUCAAGGUUAGAAACUUUUGUAACUUUUAUCUUAAUUCUGAAGGUUCAGCAUA